CAGGAACACAGAGCGGCUUCAUGUGGGGAAGUCGUAAACAGUGAGUCACUUUCUGGAUGAGGCACUCAGGUACAGUAUAUAAAGGGCCUGCGUCUCACUCAGGAACUCACACAUCAGGAGAAAGUCUUAAGACAUAUAGACCUAAGGCGAUCAAGAAUGAAGAACCUGCUGCUCGUCCUGCUACUUUCUGUAGCUUACAGCUCAGCUUUCCCUGCAGAAGCUCCGGAGGAGAAUGACCUCAAAUAUGCUGAAGAAUAUCUGAAGAAAUAUUAUAAUCUUAAAUCAAAUGGAAUCCGACUGUCAAGAAAGAAAGGCGAAAACCCAUUUAUUCUAAAAAUCAAGGAAAUGCAGCAAUCUCUUGGUCUACAAGUGACCGGACAUCUGGACGCAGAAACCAUUGAAGUGAUGCACCAACCUAGAUGUGGCUUUGUAGAUGCAGGAGAAUACAGCACAUUCCCCGGUAACAGGGGAUGGAGCAAGAGAGACCUGACUUACAGAAUAGUAAAUUACACACCCGAUAUGCCCAGGUCGGAAGUAGACUAUGCCAUUCAGAGGGCAUUCAAGGUUUGGAGUGAUGUUACACCCUUGACUUUCACACGGAUCUAUGAUGGGGUUUCUGACAUCGAGAUCUCUUUUGCUGCCCAAGUCCAUAAUGACUAUUACCCAUUUGAUGGCCCACAUGGGACACUUGCUCAUGCUUUUGCCCCUUCCGGUGGAAUUGGUGGAGAUGCCCAUUUUGAUGAAGAUGAAGCCUGGACAAGUGGCUCUAAUGGUUAUAACUUAUUUCUCGUGGCUGCCCAUGAGUUUGGCCAUUCCCUUGGUCUCUACCACUCCAGUGAUCCCAGUGCUCUGAUGUAUCCCACCUACCAUUUUGUUGAGCCUAGUGAAUUCCGCCUUCCUGAAGAUGACAUCAGUGGAAUACAAUCACUCUACGGAGCAAGAACCGCCCCCGAAGAGCCAACUGUCCCAGCAAAGCCAAGUGAACCAAGCACCCCGUCCUCCUGUCUGCCAAACACCACAUUUGAUGCUGUGACAACUCUUCGUGGAGAAAUCUUAUUCUUUAAAGAAAAUGCUUUCUGGCGCCAAAUUUCCCAGAAUUCAGAGGUUGAGCAUCAUUUAAUCAAGGCUUUCUGGCCAUCUCUACCAAACCACAUCCAAGCUGCAUAUGAGUACCAGGACAGGGACCAAGUUCUUGUCUUCAAAGGUGCCAAAUACUGGGUCAUUAGUGGUUAUGAAGUCACAAAAGAUUCUCCUAAGAGUAUAUACGAUUUGGGCUUCCCACGGACAGUCAGAAGAGUUGAUGCUGCCGUCUAUGAUGAGAUUUCUGCAAAAACAUAUUUCUUUGUAAAUGACCAAUAUUGGAGUUACGAUGAGAAAAAACAGAGUAUGGACAGCGGGUUCCCUAAAAAAAUUGUAGACAACUUUCCUGGUCUGACCAAGAUCCGUGCGGCUUUCCAGAAAAAUGAAUUUCUGUACUUGUUUGAUGGACAACGCCAAUUUGAAUUCAGUUCUGCUAAGAAGAGAGUCACCCGCAUACUGAAGAAUGACAGCUGGAUAAAAUGUAGCAGUAGCAAGGCCAAAAGCCUUAAAAAACUUUUUAAAAUUUAAAUUAUUAUUCCCAUUGAAUUUGUUUUUCUUAUUUAAAUUUAUUUUUUUACCUGUAUUAAGUGAUGAUAUUUUAUACAGUAUUUGUGCUCAUAGAAAAGUUGGUAUUUUAAUAUUUAUUUCUGUUGUUCAUGAUCUGUGAAAGACAUUAAAAAGAUUUUUU